AAAUAUAAAAAAAUAGUGGAGUAAUUUCGAUCUGAAAAUAGUAGAAGCCCUAAAUUCUGUUCAUAUCCAUCGCGCCGUUUCUUCUUCGUUGUUUCUUCUCUUUCAGCGCUAUUUCUUCUUCGUCGUCUUCUUCAUCACUUUGUACUUCUUCUCAUCACUCUAUACUUACAAUUUUCUUCGAUUGCAUCUUUUAUUGCUUUUUCUUGAAGUCGCAUCAAGAGAUAAUGUUUGCUAUCUGAAAGCUGCUCCAUGUAUCUCAACUGAACUGUUAGAGCUUCUUGGGGCUUCCUUGGCAAUCGUGAAGUCAUUCGAUGAAUUGUCGAGUAACUGGAUGAGAUCCAGACGCGUUUAUUGCUCUGCGCGCCGCUACUCAUCUUAUGCUUUCUUUUAACGCUUAAGAUGUGUAACAAAUCGAAGAAGUAUUAUCCCUUCUGGAGACACUCGGUAUUCAACUUAAUUUCCUUUAAGUUGCCAUCAUAAUUGCUUCAGCUGCUGUCAUGUUACGCUAAGUGCUGUGGCUGAUCUGGUUAAGAUUUAAAAUAUGGAGUGCAAUAAAGAUGAAGCCACCAGGGCGAAGUCAAUUGCUGAGAGCAAGUUACAGCAGAAGGAUUUUCUCGGUGCAAAGAAGUUUACCCUGAAAGCACAAGCUCUAUAUCCGGGGCUUUAUGGUAUUUCCCAGCUGUUGACAACCCUGGAUGUGUAUCUAUCUGCAGAGAAUAAGAUAAGUGGGCAAGUAGAUUGGUAUCGAGUGCUAGGUGUGAACCCUUCAGAUGAUUAUGAUAUCAUAAAAAAACAGUACAAGAAGCUGGCACUCAUGCUGCACCCAGAUAAAAAUACUUCUGUUGGGGCAGAUGGUGCAUUUCAACUCGUUUCAGAAGCCUGGAGGUUGCUAUCAGAUAAAGAAAAGAGGGCGAUAUAUAACCAAAGGAGGGGAUAUAAGGGACUCCAACAGAAUACUGGUGGUCCAUCAGCACCAUGCAGGCCACAGCAACAGAAAGUUCCAGUACCACCACGGCCAAGUCCACAGAAAGUUCCAUCAGCAUCACCCCGCCGAAGUAAAAAGUCAGCGCCAUCCCAGCCAAGUCAACGGAAAGUUUCAGGGCAUACUGGCAGUCCAUCAGUGCAACCUUGGCCUAGUCAACAGAAAGUUUCAACACAAAUGGGCUGUACAACUUCAAACCAGAAGUCACAGAGUAAAACUGCAAAGAUGCCCAAGACUCAAAAUCCUCAUCAUAGAUCCGACACCUUUUGGACUGUUUGCCGUGAAUGCAAUACGCAUUUUGAGUAUCUUAAGAUAUAUUGCAACCAUACUCUUCUUUGUCGCAGGUGUGAAAAGCCAUUUUUGGCUUUAGAGAUAGCUCCUCCAGUCAAAUUUUCCAAAUCAGCCAAACCAGUUCCUUGGGUUCGACAGGAGCAUUCAUUUAAAAAUAUGCCUGGUCAAAAUGCUUAUGAACCGAAAGGAAAUGUUGCAGCUGCUCAAAAACCAGGAGCAGGCCAAACCAGUCCCACUUCUUUUACGUUUACAAACUAUCAGCAGGGUCCCCUUCCUGAAACCGCUAAUACUGCUGCAGAAAAACCAGGCAAUGUUGUUCAGCAGGCACAUGAUAACUUGAAGAGAUCACAUGCCUCUGCUGAUUCGGAAAAAUGCUUUAAAAAGGGAAAACUAGAUGAUGAUAGAAAUGGAUACGGAAAAAACCACAAUAUGGCCCAGGGAAAUUUUGGGACUGAAGUGGCCCAUGGGGCGGGUUUUUAUGGAUUUUCUGGCACUUGUAGUCAGCCAAGCAGUGCCAAAGAACUGCCACCUCUUGAACUCCGAAAGUUGCUGGUGCUUAAUACUCAAAAGGAGAUUCAGAAGAAGCUAAGUGACUCCAGGUUAUAGAUCAAUAGAGAAAAUACUAGAUCAAGGAAAGUAACGAGGAAAAAUAUAGGUAGAACAACAAUAUGAAAGGGACAUGAUGGUAUUAGAAGUUAGUUAUGUUGUUAGUAGUGAUGUCCUGACCUGUGUAUCCUUGCUGUUCAUCUAAUUUCUUUAACGAAAAAAACCUUUUUGUUUGUUUA